UUGUGAAGGAACGGCUUUAGUUUUCCACUAAGUACAUGUCCUAAGCACAUCUUCUUUCUACAAGUAUUUAUAAAUUCUCGUCCACAUUGAAUGGACCCGACCCUGUGGACACAGAGACGCUACUGCUAUUACAAACUGUAAGUAUUGUGUUUGGAUCAACGUUACUUGGAUUGACACAGUCGCAUAAUGUUGCAUCAGAAUCCCGAUUUUUUGGACGCCAGGUCCGACAGCUCAGGAAAAACGCGCUUGGAGUCAUGUAUUGUGCGUCCGAGGAAAUCACGAAAAGGCGAUGGCAACGAUUACAUUAUGAGCCCGCAUUGGAACGAGUGCUCCACGUACGAAGAUGCGUAUAAGAAAUCAUUGGAGCAUCCGGAAGAAUUUUGGGGCGAGGUUGGCCACUGUAUCGACUGGAGCAAGCCCUGGCACAAGGUCUUGGACAAUUCCAACGAACCGUUCACGAAAUGGUUUGUCGGUGGCGAACUAAACGCUUGUUACAACGCAGUAGAUCGACACGUGCAUGCCGGAUAUGGAGAGAAGACGGCUCUCAUCCAUGACAGCCCCCAAACAUCGUUAAUACGCAAAGUGACGUACAACGAACUUCUGGAGAAGACGUCCGUACUGUCGGGCGCGUUAGCGGAUCUGGGUGUGCGCAAAGGCGACAGGGUGAUUAUAUACAUGCCGCUGAUCCCCGAAACUAUAAUCGCAAUUCUCGCCACUGCUAGACUCGGGGCAAUUCACUCGGUGGUCUUUGGAGGCUUCGCAGCGAACGAACUGGCGUCUAGAAUAGAUCAUGCCACGCCGAAGGUUGUUAUCGCCGCGAGUUGCGGCCUUGAACCGUCCAAAGUGAUUAAGUAUACUACUAUGCUAAACGGCGCUAUGGAUAUGAUCAUUGCACCGAAGCCGAAGUGCAUUGUAUUUCAAAGAAGAAACGUGUGGGAAUCUCCGUUACUCGAGUCGCAGUUCAAUUGGGAUGAUCUCAUGAAGCGAUCGAAACCUCAUCCGUGCGUAAUGGUCGAAGCUAACGAUCCAUUGUAUAUAUUGUACACAUCAGGAACCACAGGGCAACCGAAGGGGAUUAUAAGGCCGGUCGGCGGUCACUUGGCGACACUCUGCUGGACCAUGAAAUCAGUUUACGGAAUGAACAAAAACUCCGUUUGGUGGGUGGCCUCAGAUAUGGGAUGGGUCGUCGGGCAUUCCUACAUUUGCUAUGGUCCCCUUCUUUACGGAGCGACUAGCGUCAUGUACGAAGGAAAACCAGACAGAACACCGGAUGCUAGUCAAUAUUUCAGAAUCAUUGAGCAACAUAGCGUAAACGCAUUAUUCUGCGUCCCGACUGCCCUACGAGUCAUAAAACGAGCGGAUCCAGAAAUACUAUUAGGAAAAAAGUAUUCGUUAAAAUCCUUAAAAACGAUAUUCGUGGCGGGCGAGUUCUGUGAUUACGAAACGAAAGCCUGGGCCGAGAAAGCGUUCAAAGUGCCCAUUUUAAACAAUUGGUGAUAGUCGGAGACCUGACACCACAUCACGGCGUUGUGCUUGGGAUAUGGUCAUAACGCUAAUUUACCCAAGUUCUGUACGGGACUUCCUGUACCCGGAUACGAUAUACACAUCCUGCGCGACGACGGGAGCCAAGCGUCGCAGCACGAGCUUGGACGUAUCGCGAUAAAGUUACCGUUGCCACCUGGAUGCAUGUCGACCCUUUAUCAAGCGUCCGAGAGAUCCAAACAAGUAUACUUCUCAACAUUUUCGGGUUACUACGAUACGAUGGACGCUGGGUACAUCGACGAGUUCGGCUACGUUUAUGUCACAGCAAGGGACGACGACAUUAUAAACGUAGCCGGCCAUAGAAUAUCUACGGCUGCACUGGAAGAUAUUAUUUUAGCUCAUCCCGACGUGGUGGACGCCGCGGUUAUUGGCGUGCCCGAUUAUACGAAGGGCGAAGUACCGUUGUGCCUUUACGUUAGACGAGAGGACGCGAUAAGCAACGAGGAGGAGAUAAAUCAAGCGCUGGUCGCGCGGGUGAGGAACAUGCUCGGGCCAAUCGCGUCUUUUCGCGCCGCCGCCGCCAUCACCGCGCUACCCAAAACACGCUCGGGGAAGAUAAUCCGCAAAUCAAUCGCCUUGUUGGCGCGCUCGAAGCAAAUUAAGAUUCCAAGCACGAUCGAUGAUCCAACGGUAUUCCGCGAGAUCAAGGAGGUGCUCCAGAAGCUUGGCUACGCGAAACUAGCCCCGGAUCCGCAAUAACAAUUUGAACGAGCGACUUUUCCGCGCGCGCGCGAUCGACGUGAGAGGAAAAUAAAAAAAAAGAAAAAAAAAUACGAGAAUAGACAACUUUCCGGGGGGAGACCGAGUGUCCGUAACUCAAGCGCCGGCACUCUGCGAGAUUCAUCCCUCCUCCAAUCGCAGGUUGUCCAACCUUCUCACGAUCAGGGGAAAAAAGAAUCGUGGACAAUUUUCUGUUUCACUUAUAUUUCCCAGCGCUUUUUCCUGUGUUUGACAAACGAAUUGAACGAAUAUUUGGAAAAAAAAUGAUCUGCGUGCGGAACGUGCAAACAGAGUAAGACGAUUGUUUUUCGAAGAGCAAAAAAGUGCACACGAGGGGGGAAGCGCGUGAUGAAGAACCACUAGACUCCGACGCCUUGAAGUUGUCCGUACUUGACUAUCGAUCAAAUCAAUUGCCCUAGCGAUAGGAAAGCGCGGGAUUGUAUAAAAAUCAGCGAGCAACUUGAGCAAACUUUCUUUUGUUAGCUCUGCAGAUAUUCAUAUCCUGUGCACCAAGAGCGAGAAACUACACCCAGUGCAUUCGUAAAUAUCCCUAUUAAAUGUUACAUAUAUAGAAAAAAUGUUUUCUCCGACAUGUAAAGAAAAAAGUUUUCUCAGACAUGUAAAGAAAAAAAAAAAUCAUAAGCGUAAGUCAUGUUACACGUCAUGCGUUUCUUUUUUUCCCCUCCUUCUUAUUAUAAUUCAUAUCGUGCGAACUCAAACCUAUUUCCAAUGUAAAUUACUACCAGAUAACUUUAAUCUCGGUUUAAUUUACCUUCUACCUUUUCUUCAGAAUCGAAAAAAAGUGGAAAGUAAUUAAAUUAGCUAUAUAGGUCGUCAUUGAACUAGAAAAUAUUGUAGACGA